GGACCCGGUGAGGCCAGCCCCCUGAUGUCGGCUCUGCUGCUGGUCUGGGCUGUCCUCUUGCACUGGGCCACCCAUGGGAGCCUUGUCCAAGGAGGGAAGACGUGGCAGCACUGCACAGACCUGCGCCCUCUGGACAUCCUCUCAGAGGUGGUCCCUGCCAGUGGGCUGGGCCAUGGCAUGAGAGUGUUUCAAGUGCAAGGGGUGCGUGGCUUCCAGCUCACUGCCUCACAGCCCCGUGCCCUGGGCUUUCCUGCCUCCCGGCUCUUCAUCCACUGUGACCGCUUCCCUGAGGAGUUCUCCAUCAUCGUCACGCUGAGAGUCCUUAAUGUCCCUGCCAAGAGAAACGAAUACCUUUUCACCCUCAUGGCUGAGGAGAGCCACAGCGUGCUGGUGGGGCUCCGCUACUCACCGAACAAGCUCCACUUCCUCUUCUGGAGCCAGGAGCACCCCAAUGGCUGGCAGACUCGCGUCACCUUCCGCAAUGUCUCCUUGUCGGACAACCAGUGGCACACGCUCAUCCUGGCUGUCUCUGGCCAGUCCUUCUCCCUGACAGUGGACUGCAAUGUUUCCAAUGACGUGGUGGUGGAGACACCAUUUCCAACCUCCCUGUCAGUGAAGAGAGCCAGCUUUUACCUGGGCAACAGGAGGAGAAGGAAAGGCUUGUUUAGAGGGUUGCUCAGACAGCUUGUCCUGUUGCCAGGAGCUGAUGCCACCCGCCGAAUAUGCACAUCUAUGAAUUUUAAAGUAGCAACGCUCUCUGUCCCUGCUGUUCUCCAGGAUUUCUCAACGAAGCCAGCAAACAAUGAGGUGCUGAAAUACCCUUAUGAGACUGACAUGAAGGUGACCCUUGGAUCCCGUCCGCCCUGCACCAAGCAUGAGAAGGCGCAUUUCUGGUUCAACGCCUCCCAGAGAGGGCUGUACCUGUGCAACGGCAGCACCUGGAUUUCCAUGCUGGAGGUCAAACAAAGGCUGGACUAUGUGGAGGAGUACCAGAAUCUGGUCACCAACUCUGAAACGAUGGGCAUUGAGGUCUUCACCAUCCCAAAGGUGGGACUGUUUGCAGCCACUGCCAACCGGUACACUCCCCCUGGAUCAGCUAUCUACAAGUGGACUGAUGGGAAGUUUGUGCCUUACCAGAACAUCCCCACCCAUCAAGCUCAGUCUUGGAAGUAUUUCACUAUAGGAAAAAAGAUCUUCCUAGCAGUGGCUAAUUUUGAGCAGAAUGACAGGGGUCAGGAGUACUCUGUAAUAUACAAGUGGAGCCACAGGAAAGAGAAAUUCAUCACGUACCAGAGGAUCACUACGCACAGCGCUAGGGACUGGGAGGCAUUUGUCAUUGAGGGAGAGGCUUUCCUCGCGGUGGUCAACCACAGAGAAGGGAAUAAUCACAACAUAGACAGUGUGAUAUACAGGUGGAACCCUAGGACAAGGCUGUUUGAGAUCAACCAGACCAUCCCUACCUCUGGAGCCUAUGACUGGGAAUUUUUCACCAUUGGGCCAUAUUCCUUCCUGGCUGUGGCUAACACAUUUAAUGGCACAUCCACCAAGAUCUACUCUCACAUCUACAUCUGGCUCAGUGGCUCUUUCCAGCUCUUCCAGUCUAUCUUGACAUUCGGUGCUGCUGACUGGGAGAUCUUUCAUAUUGGGGACAGAGUCUUCUUGGCUGUGGCAAACAGCCACAGCUAUGACAGUGGAACACCGGUGCCUUCCAACUUCUAUGCCAUCAACUCCUCCAUUUAUGAGCUGAACAUCACUGCCCAGAUGUUUGUCAAAUUCCAGGAUCUCCUCACCUACAGUGCCCUGGACUGGGAGUUCUUCUCGGUGGGAGAUGACUAUUUUCUGGUGGUAGCAAACUCCUUUGAUGGCUUCACCUUCUCGGUUAACAGUAUUAUCUACAGGUGGCAAGGCUAUGAAGGCUUCGUAGCAGUUCAUCACCUCCCCACAGUGGGCUGUAGAGACUGGGAGGCAUUUAACACCACGGAUGGCUCCUACCUUCUCUACUCCAGUGCCAAGCAGCCACUUUCCAAGGUACUCAAGCUGAAAACCACAUGAGGUGGCCAAGAUGCGCUCAGCUCACCAUGAAGACCAGAGAAAGCUGUGCACUGAGGUGAGGAUGGACCAUGGUGCCUCAGGAGACCAGUAUUGGUGGCCUCAGUGUCAGCCUCAGGGCCACUUGGCUGGGAGAUCUGCAGAAGGAAGAGGAGGAGGGGAGCUCCCAGGUGCUACCUGCAGCCCUGUUUAGGGACCUGGCAAAGAGACCUUGAUCCUGCUUUUGAGCAGCCUCUCCUGAGCCAGCUCUUCCAACAU